CAAAAACAUUUUAGAUACACUCAAGUCAUAAAAAAUACAUAUUUGAAAUCAUUUAGACCCAUAACUAAUAGAACAUCUGAACAAAUAAACAAUGUGCGAAUAAAUGCGCGAAGUUAACGAAGCAACAAUUGAAAGAUUACCAUUUGGUAACAUCACCUUUAUUUUUUAUUACGGCUGCAAUUCUUUGGGGCAUAGUGUUAACCAAGUUUUGGCGAAAAAUUGGUGUAAUACAAUCCCAUAUUUCUGGAAGCUUUUGUCUCAGUUCGGUGAUUGUACGAGCAGGAUGUUGUCGUAGAACCUUUUUCAUCUCGUGCCACAAAGUUUCAAUAGUGGUACAUUAUUUUCUUCCAUCCAUUUUAUAGCCUUUUUUGAGGUAUGGCACGCUGCAACAUCUUGCUGAAACACAAAAUCUUGGCCGGAUCUCAAAC